GCGAACUUUGACAUUCCUGUCAGUGCUGUUUACUGUGCGGUCAAAAUUUUAUUUAAAAAUCGUUUUAAUUAAUAUAUGGUUUUAAAAUGUGUGGAGGGUUUACCUGUUCGAAAAAUGCCCUUAUUUCUCUCAAUAUUCUAUACAUCGUUGUCGCGUUUAUAUUAAUUGGAGUGGCUGUUUACAGCAGAGCAGCCUCUAUAGUCACCAAUUUACCGAUUGUUGGGGGUAUUUUAGCAUGUGGAAUAAUAUUAAUACUUAUUUCUGUCUUGGGGGUAAUGGGGGCAGUUAAACAUCACCAGGUUAUGCUGUUCUUUUAUAUGGUAAUUUUAUUUUUACUUUUCCUCAUCCAAUUUUCUGUUGCUUGUGCUUGUUUGGGAGUAAAUAUAGCUCAACAGGAACAAUUAGCUGAACAAGGUUGGAAUAAAGUGAACAAUCAAACAAAAUCACAUGUGCAAGAAAAAUUUGGAUGCUGUGGAUUUCAUAAUGAAAACGAUACUCAUCCUGUUUGUAGUAAACCUUGCAUUACUUGCAUAGAACCUGAGUGUCAAUGUCCUCCAUGUAUGGAAAAACUACAAAGUACAAUUAAUUAUGCAUUUAAACUUUGUGGAUGGAUUGGUUUAUUUUUUAGUUUUACAGAGUUUAUGGGAGUGUUGUUAACAGUGCGCUAUCGCAACCAGAAAGACCCUCGAGCUAACCCAAGUGCUUUCCUAUAGUCCAAUAACCAAAUUAACAGUGACAGCAUUGAGAUGGGUUUUAGGUCUAUUUUUGACAAGACAUUAUCGCAAUCAGUCCGACCCAAGUGAAAAACUGGCAACUGCAAUUUUUCCCAGGCAUAAUUUUACCUAUUAAUUAAUCAAUUCUAGUCAUUAUUUAACAUUUUUUGCCAUACCAAAGAAUUUUUUAUUUAAGACAAAGCUAGUUAUGUAUGUUUGUAUAUUUCAUUUCAUCACACUUUAAAUAAACAAUUACAUAUUA